AUAUAGUAUUCGAAUGGAUACCAUAUAAUCAAUUUAAUGAUGUUAAAGAAAUAAGAAGUGAUUAUUUCACGAUUUAUUCAGCAAUAUGGAAAGAUGGUCCAUUAAGUUACAGUUAUGUUAAAAAAGAAUUAACAAGAGUAUCAGAUAAAAAAGUCGCUUUAAAACCGUAUUAUAACUCAAAAACUAUUACUAACGAAUUUGUUGAUGAGGUUAAAAAAUAUUCAAUUAAUUAUUUAAAUAACAUCCUUAAAAUAUAUGGAAUAUCUCAAAAUCCUUAUACAAAUGAUUACAUUAUGGUUUUUCCAAGUGAACAUUGUGAAAAAUGUGAUAGACAAUAUAUAGAUGAUUUAAAUGCGAAAUAUGAAUGGUGUAAACGAUGUCAAAUAAAUUAUUUAAAAGAAAAUUUUACAAAGUGGACCAGUGGAAAUGAAAAAAUUGAUGGUUUAAUUCAAGAAACUCAAUUAAAAAUUGAUAAUCCAAAUGGUAUAGUAUUUGAAUGGAUACCAUAUAAUCAAUUUAAUGAAAUUAAAGAAAUAGGAAAAGGUGGUUUUUCUACAGUAUAUUCGGCAAUAUGGAAGGAUGGUCCAUUAUACUACCUUUACGAUAAAAAGGAAUGGAUAAGAAAUCCCAAUAAAAAAGUUGCCCUAAAAUGUUUGCAUAACUCUCAGAACAUCACCAAUGAGUUUCUGAAUGAGGUUAAAGCAUAUUUAAAAUUAAAUACUAGAUUUAUUAUCGAUAUAUAUGGAAUAUCUCAAGAUCUAAAUACAGGAAAUUAUAUAUUGAUUUUUUACUAUGCAGAAGGUGGAAGUCUUUAUGGUUGGCUUAAUGAUAAUUAUAAGGAAUUCAGUUGGUCACUUAAAUUAAAAGCAUUACUCGAUGUUAUUCAAGGCCUUAAAGAAAUUCAUCAAAAGCAGAUGGUUCACCGUGAUCUUCAUACAGGAAAUUUAUUAAUUUCAACAAAUAAUGUACGGAAUUUCAAUGUAUAUAUUUCAAGUAUGGAAUUAUGUGGAGAAGUUAGUAAUAUAGACAAAACUAAAAUUUAUGGACUUAUGCCUUAUGUAGCUCCUGAGGUAUUAAGAGGUAAACCUUAUAAACAAGCAGCAGAUAUAUAUAGUUUUGGUAUGAUUAUGUAUGUUAUAGCGUCAGGAAGAGAACCUUUUGCCAAUUAUGCUCACGAUUCGGUUCUAGCAUUAAAUAUAUGUAAUGGGAUUAGACCUGAAGUUAACGAGAAAAUAGCACCAAAAUGUUAUAUUGACUUAAUGAAGGUGUGUUGGGAUCCAGAUCCAGAUAAAAGACCAAGUGCUAUUGAGAUAGAAGAAUUGAUUUGCACAUUUAAAUUAGAAGAAAGUGAAGAAAUUAAAAAGCAAUUUAAAGAAGCAGAAGAAUACAGAAAAGCAAAUCUUGAAAUGAACGCUCUUCCAAAAUAUGAUGAUGAUAAUAUAAGUAUUUCUUCAUCAUCAUCAGUAGGAACAGCAGAAAUUAUUGAUUUUACAGAUCUCUGAUUAAAAACUUUUGACGAAAAAGGAUAUGAUUCAGUUAAUUCAGUUAUUUCAGUAAAAAUCGAUUUAACACAGUAAGUUACUACUAGAAUUAUGUCUGAUAUUAAAUCUUUUUUGCAGACCAAAUUCAAACGCUGAAGAAGAUUGAAUUACGUCGUUUAUUUUUAUUUUAU